AUGGUAUCAAAUGAUAUCAUAUUACAUUUGAAACAAAGUCAAUAAGAGCUAUUUUUUUAUUGGUUUGCUUUCUCCUAUUAAUACAUGAAAUUCUUCUUUAUUUAUUUGCUAAUGUAUUGUAUUUUGAAUGCAAAUAGGAUAAAAUUCUAUCAAAAAGCAAUCUGUUUAUUUCUUUUAACAGCAAUUUUUGGAUUUUAAGAAUCGUAUUUCUUAUCUUAUUAUUGA